UGAAAAUAUCUAGAUCUCUAUCCAUCCGUCGCAACAAUGCUAGCCUGGAAGCCAUGGCUCUUCGGUGGAGCACCGAGACACACACCUUUAUACUUGGCCAGCACGAGAUGGGGCCCACCCUUGAGGAUGUGUUCAUGUUGCUGCGUCUGGAAGUGACCGGCCCUGAUGCCUUCGACCCUGAGCAGACACCCCCCGAAGAUGAUUCUUUGAUCCAAUCUCUGAAGCUAAAUCUUCAAACUUGUGGUCGGUGGAGUUCUGUUUUUGAUGGUUCAGCGAGGAGGACUAGUCGAGUAAGGAUGGACCGUGCCUCCUAUACUGCAUGGAUCCGUUACUUCUUCAAGGAUCUUCAGCCCUUGGCCAGAGAUGCUGACCCUGACUCUCGGGAGUAUGAGGCCGGUCCGAUGUAUGGCUCUAGGCUCUAUUUCUUGGGAUUUCUGGCUUGCUUCCUUUCAUUCUUCAUUCUUCCGAGCACACCUCCGGAUUCCCUCAAUCCUUUCGUCUUCCCCUUGGCAGUCAGGCUCUUCAGAGGAGAUCGGAUCCCUUUGGCUCCCCUAUUUCUUGGGAAUCUCUAUUAUCGGCUGGAUCUACUACAUCGAGAUAUGGUUCGCUCCGUGGGUCGAUAUGAGCCUGUCUCCUUCAUUCACAGCCAGUUCCUGCUUUGUUUCUUCUUCGAGAGGUUCCCAAAAUUUGCCCCUGCUCCGACUGUAUUCGAGGCGGAGGUUCUUCGGGAGAUAGUGGAUAAAGAUGGCAUCCCCGUGCUCGAUACUGAUGGAUCUCGGACAUUUGAGAAGGCGAAGUCUUGCCAGCCGUUGAUUACACGGUGGUCACGUACCAUUUCCACCUUAUCCUUGAAUACUCUGGUGGAUGAUCCCCGACGCUUUGUGGCACAGCCGUAUGUAUGCCCACCUGUGGGUGUGGCCACACCGCUUAUCUAUCAUGGUUCCUCCCGCUCGGUGUCCUUUCCUUUGCCGAAGAACAUCCCUGCACCCUUUGUUGAUAUGCUGAUUAUGAUCCGUCCGAGUUCAUUACCGGUGUGGCAUGAGGAAGGCGUUGAUAGUGCCGUUUAUAGGCCUGACCGCGUAGCAUGUCAAUUCGGGUUUGAUCAAUGUGCCCCGGGGCCAGCACCUCCUUUAUUAUCAUUUUCAGCGAGCUGCGAGCGCUUCAGUCGCGGGCUUGUACACACCGUGCUUCCCAUAUCCGGCUCUUUGACGAUGCCAGGCUUGAGUCGAGUAGGGGGUUUCACCUCCUCUUUCAGGUGGUAUUGGCAGAAGAAUAUCGAUGCGUUUAUUGCAUUUGUCCAGAGCAGACUGACCAUAUGUUUGCCUCCGCCGAUUUAUAAGAAGGAUUCUUCUCUUCGGCUACCCGAGAGCCGAAAAUCUGACCACAUGUACGAGAGUUUCUUCACCUCAUCUGCUCCAACUGACCCUUCUGCUCGGGCAUCUGCUUCUAGCUUGGCAAUUACUUCUCCGGAGCUAGUCCCUUUGAAUAAGGCCUCUGGUCCUCGGACGACCCGCCUUAAGAAGAUGGCUCACAAGAGGACUUCUGAUGCCAGUCCUUCCGCUCCUCGCCUUUCCAAAAGGCUUCAUGAGGAUCCUGCGGUUGUUGACGUUUUCAGUACCGUGGCUCCUGGCCAUGCUGCCUCCCCCAGGCCGGACUCAGACUUGGACGACACCCUCCCUUUGUCUGCAAGACUUGUGAAGAUGCGCACCUCUCGUAUAGCAGUUAUAGAUGAUGACGAUGAUGAGGCUGAGUCCUCUAACCAUUUUUGUGACCUUAUUCCAUGCAUGCGUUGUCACUGCCCUACCGUAGCUGAGGAGGAGUGCUAUCUUGGUGACGAGGUUAUUGGGGCUCACCGUUCUGCUGAGGAGGAGCACUACCUUGGUGACGAGUUUAUUGGGGCUCACCGUUCUGAUAUUGAGAUUGCUGGAGGGACUGAUGCCACAGGAAUUGAUGCCGCGGGCCAUGCUUCUAGAAGCAAUGUAGAGAUGAGGUGUGCCUCUGGGAAUGGUGUGGAGGUAGAUGUGCUAGAGAUCUCUGAGACUCGCUCUGGCACUUAUGGUGAUUCUCAUCCUCCGGCCCUCCUUCCUUCUUCAGGGAUGACUGCUACUGUUCAGGCUUCGUCAGACAUUGAGAUCAAUCAGGUGCUCUCUAUACGGCCAAGUGACCUUGCUGAUGCUAGGAGUCCUUCAGUCGCUCCGGCUUUGCAUAUUGAUUCUCCCUCUGUGUUAGCUGCUACCGGGGUCUUGCCUUCACCUGCCUCAGACUCUGCUCCAGUGUUAGCUGCUACCGGGGUCCCGUCUUUACCUGCCCCGGACUCUACUCCGACUCUCUUUGUAACUCCUCACGGUUCUCCUUCUCAAGGGGGAACACCUGCCUUUGAGACGACUGCCAGAGGUUCUUCAUCGCCAGUGCCUUCAAAUAUUUUGGAUUUGAAUCUCAGUGAUUUCCACAUUGAUAAUGAUGCUUUUGGUCUUUCCCCUUAUCGUUCGGCAUUCUCAGGCUCGGGACCUCUGCCGGGAGUUACCCCUCCGGGUGGUUCAUCUAACCCGAUAGACAUUGGGGAGAUUCCUGAGACUAGCAGCUUUCCGGCCCCAAUUCCUCCUUCAGCUUCUGGCAAAGUAUCAUUUCUCCAUUAUUGGGUAGCUCCUGAGUUUGCUUCAGUUCUACAGCUUGUGCAUUCAAGUUACCCGGAGACCUUUGCUUCAUUUGCUUGCCAGUGUCCACUCAUUCAGACUGCUCUUCUCGAGUCUUUUGCCACUAUCUUAUAUAGCUUGGACACGCAACGGUUGUGUGACCUUAAUGGGAAAGUAGUCGAGACGGCGUAUCAGGGGAUCUCUGACACGGAGCGUCACCAAGUGGACUUAUCAUGGCUUCGGAAGCGCUUGGAUAUAGCUUCGAACGCCAGUCAUCGGCUGGAACUUAUGUCUGUGCUUGCCUCUUAUCGCACCUCCAUAGAUGAGAUAAAGGCAACUCUUCGUGAACUUGAGUCGGGUUAUGCUCGGGCCUUGGAGACUUUAGAGGCACACUCUACUGUUUGUCCUCCAGAUGUAGAUAUGACGGGCAGCUUCUUCGAGGGUGUCUUUAGGAAAGAUUGAGUUUUUUCUUUUUUUAUCAUUACUUUCUUGCCCCUUUCGAUAAAAAUGUUUUAUCUAGGACAAUGCAAUGAAAUGACAAAAUUUUUGUUGUUUGGAUAUUUUCGCAUUGUUUUCUCAUUCUACUUGAUAAAAUAUUUAUUUCGAAUGAUAGAACAAUCAUAUGCACAUGUUUAUAAAAGAUGAAAUAUUCUCAUUAGUUCUUCAACUUUCUUGACAAAAGCAUAAUAGAUUCACUGUAAGUGAUGGGAUAAAACAUACACCAUAGAGAAAACCAGCUUCUUCAUAACGCAAGGGAAAUACAACCU